AAGUGGUGGGACAAAUAUGAGUAAUCUCAAAUUUAUACCCGUUCUUGCUUUUGAUUAUUAGAUAAAACCCAAACUUAUUUUCCAUCAAAGAAGUCGGGAUGGGUUUGGACGGAACUCUACGGAUACGGACUUUGUUGUCAAAUAUAUUUAUGCAUAAUCCUAAUUUAUUUAACCUAAUCGUAAUUUUUGUUGGCUGGAAGUUGAAACACGAAUGCAGAAUUACAAAUAUAAAAUUAGGAAUCCAAGCAAAACCCUGACUAAGGACAACUGUUUCAGAUCCAUUCUAUGAGCUGAUAGUGAUAUAGUAAUACAACACCACCAUUUUUUACUCAUGAAAACGGGGAAAACGUUGUUAAUUGCUCCACCAGAACAUAACAUUAACACAAACAAACGUGUGACCUACCUGAACUGAACCCCUCCGCCACGCGCACAGAUCAUAGUUACGAUCGGAUCCUGAAAGGUUCGUCACCGUGGAUUCGGAUCCGCAGAAUUUGCGUGACAGUGCUGCAAUUGCACCCGUCAUGCUUCGCAGAUCCCUCAUCGUAGUACCCUUUCUCUUACAUUUGUUGUUCUCGUUCGGAUAUGCGGAUCCUGCUCCCAAUUGCACUCGCCUCAGCUCCAUCGUCAAUUCGGAGUCUGAGUUCGAAAUGGUUCAACACCAACUCCGAGGAUCGCUCAAAAUCAACGACGAUUGCUCCUUUAGGGUUUCCCAAUUCGACAUGCUUCCCGGUUCCGACGUCCACUGGUGGGGCGCGCAGGCUUCCGAUUUCGUUAAUCUCACCGCUGGAUUCAUUGUUUCCAACGACGGAUUGAACGGAACCUACAACAACUCCACCUUCGAUGUGCAUUUGUUGAGCAAUGUUUCCUGGAGCAAGAUCAACGUCCUCGCCGUCUGGGAUCGCGCCACCGCCUCUGAUUUCGGCCACGUCGUGCUCCGCAACGAGGCCCCGGCAACGACGCCACCUCCGACGGUGUUCGAGAAUUGCAAGGUUUUAUCGAAGAAUUUCAGGUUGAGGUGGACUUUGAAUGUGUCCGAGGAUUCAAUUGAAAUUGGGUUGGAGGCUGCGACUGGGAUCACCAAUUAUAUGGCUUUUGGUUGGGCUAAUUCCAGUGCUGAAGAUUCUGAUCUCAUGAUUGGUGCUGAUAUUGCUGUUGCAGGGUUUAUGGAAGAUGGUAUGCCAUUUGUGGAUGAUUUUUUCAUUACCAAGUAUAGUGAGUGUGUGAGAAAUAGUGAUGGAGUUGCUCAAGGGGUUUGUCCUGAUUCCUUUUAUGAAGGCCCUGAUGGGGUGGGUUUAGUCAACAAUUCAAUGUUGAUUUAUGGUCAUAGGAAGGAUGGGGUGACCUUUGUCAGAUACCGCAGGCAUUUGACUAAGGUCGAUGAAAAGUAUGAUCAUCCUGUUAACCAUUCGGCGAAUAUGAAGGUUAUUUGGGCUUUGGGGCGCAUUAAGCCUCCUGAUUCUAUUAAUCCCUACUAUCUUCCCCAGAAUCAUGGGGCUGUGAAUUAUGGUCAUUUGGUUCUGAAUGUCUCGGAGCAUGUGAAUGAAUGUACAGGUCCCUUGGACGCUGAAGAUAAAGAAGAUCAAAGUCUCAUCACUGCAGAUGCAAAAGUUCCAUUGGUGGUUUCUUCUGCUCCAGCAAUGCAUUACCCCAACCCUCCAAAUCCUGAAAAGGUUCUUUACAUCAACAAAAAGGAAGCUCCUGUCUUGAGAGUGGAAAGAGGGGUGCCUGUCAAGUUUUCGAUCCAAGCCGGGCAUGAUGUUGCACUUUAUAUUACUUCGGAUCCGCUUGGUGGAAAUGCUACCACGAGGAAUCUGACUGAGACUAUUUAUGCUGGAGGUCCAGAGGCCCACGGAGUUCAAGCCAGCCCUACUGAAUUAGUUUGGGCUCCUGACAGGAACACUCCUGAUCACGUCUACUAUCAUUCCUUGUAUGACCAGAAAAUGGGUUGGAAGGUCGAGGUGGUUGAUGGGGGUUUAUCGGACAUGUAUAAUAACAGUGUUAUUUUGGAUGAUCAACAGGUUACCUUCUUUUGGACAUUGUCAAAGGAUUCCAUAUCUAUCGCUGUUCGUGGCGAGAAAAAAAGUGGUUAUAUUGCCGUAGGAUUUGGAAGUGGAAUGGUGAACAGCUAUGUGUAUGUGGGUUGGAUUGAUGAUACUGGUAUAGGACAUGUAAACAGUUAUUGGAUUGAUGGAAAGGAUGCUUCAAGCAUACAUCGCACAAAGGAAAAUUUGACACAUGUGAGAUGUAAAACAGAAAAUGGCAUCAUUACUUUUGAGUUUACUCGUCCCUUGGACCCAUCUUGUAGGCUGGAAAAGAGGGUGGAAUGUAAAAAUAUUAUUGAUCCCACAACUUCACUCAAAGUUGUUUGGGCAAUGGGUGCUAAAUGGGCUAAUGAUCAUCUUACUGACAGGAAUAUGCAUUCUAGUACAAGUAAUAGGCCUAUCCUCGUACACCUGAUGCGUGGGUCAGCAGAAGCAGAGCAGGAUCUGCUUCCUGUUUUGGCUGUGCAUGGAUUUAUGAUGUUUAUUGCAUGGGGUAUCCUGCUUCCUGGAGGGAUAUUGGCAGCCAGGUACUUAAAACAUCUCAAGGGUGAUGGAUGGUACCGGAUUCAUGUUUACUUGCAAUACUCAGGGUUAGUAAUUGUUCUACUUGCCCUUCUUUUUGCCGUGGCUGAGCUCCGGGGAUUUUAUUUCAGCUCAGCACAUGUUAAAUGUGGAUUUGCUACUAUAUUGUUGGCUUGUAUACAGCCAGUAAAUGCUUUCCUAAGGCCUCAAAAACCAGCAAAUGGGGAGCAGGCAUCCUCCAAGAGGGUUAUUUGGGAAUAUUUCCAUGGAAUUGUUGGUAGAUGUGCUGUUGUUGUUGGCAUUGCUGCACUUUUUACUGGGAUGAAGCAUCUAGGAGACAGAUAUGACGUGGAAAAUGUCCAUGGACUCAAAUGGGCUAUGGCAAUUUGGUUCUUAAUUGGUGCAUUGAUUGUUAUUUAUUUGGAAUACCAUGAAAGACAGCGAAUAGAGCGGCAGAUAUCUGGAAGAGGCAAUUGGGUGCUUGGUAAUCUUGAGGAAGAUGAUUCAGUUGAUCUCUUGAGGCCAACCAGAACAAUUGCAGAUAAACAGUUACAACCCUCUGCGAGGAUGGAAGUCCAGUUAGAACCGCUGAACAGAUAAAAUUGCAUUGAUUAAGUUCUGAUAGACAGUUAACCCAUUUUUUUUGCAAAUUUCACGUUCAGUCUGCGAGCUGGCAGUCAUCUUUAUUGGUUAUGAGGUGUUGUCAGAGGUGAAAAGGGAGGCACUUAUCAAUCUCUUUUUUUGACUUAUGUUGCUUUCUUGUUUCUAUAUAGAGUAGUUUUCCUGCAGCAUAUAGUGCGUAUAGUGAUACAUCUUCAACAGAAUAGGUUAUAUAGAUACUUCCACUCUAGCUGUUACUCUGUUUUUUCUUACUUCCCAAAAUAGAAGAAAACAAACUUUACAAGGUGAAUGUUUUUUUGUGGAUCCAUGUAGGUUCUGAAUGGUUAGUUUGAUAGUAUCUUGGAUGAUUUGGGACAUGGAGUGUUAUCUGACCAAAGGCAUUGUUGUAAAUUAUGAGAUGCAGAAAACUAAUACAACAUAAUUUUUUAUCGUCAAUAAUGCUCUAUUGUUUUAGAUUCUAUGUUAUUGCAUAUUUCAUCUUUAGUUCUAUUAGAGUGUGGGAAGUUUUGAGAGUGAAAUUCAAUUUCCAAAGGAUUUUUUUUUUGUCUUAACCCUCCGAUUUAUCGGAGAAAAGAGACCUUAAUUAAUCUAGAGUUUGAUCCGAAAGUAAGUAAAAUCUGAUCAAAAAUUAUUUUCGUCAAAGAUUGAAUUCAGGUAGUAUUUAAAUGAUUUAAUCUUAACUUCAGCAUAUUAACCACUUGUGUCUAAUCACUUGAUUUAAAAUGCCAAGUAUUAAAAUAUAUUGUUGGUAUCAAAUUCGAAGAUUUUUUUAAAUAAUGGGCACUUUCUAAGUUUUUUUUUUUUAAAGUAAAAUGAGAGAAUUUCAAAUAACACCAAAACUCAGAAUUUGUAAAUUCUCUUUGAUCAUCACCGCCCACACUGUGUGCGGCUGAUUCACCCUCGUAUGUUCUCUUUCUGGCUCUAAAUUCUUACCAUUACAUGCUCCUGAGUCCGGAUCACUCUCUUGUCCGAGCUUCUCUGGCUUUCUCUGUGCCCUUCUCCCUCGGAUCUUCUGUGAUUGAGCUCUUCUCUUUGGACCACGUGGUACAUGGCUUGCCCUGUGUAAAACUGCAUACAAUCAAUACAUUGGUCAGGUCUGUACUAUUUCAUUAUGGUAAACCCAAUUUAACUUUCUACAAGUAUGUGGCAGCUGCCAAACAAGAUGGAAGUGUGGAUGGAUGGGCAGCGCGGCAUAUGUGUGGUUAUCUGUGUCUAUGCGUGUGUUUGUGCAGUGAGUUUAAAAUUACAAAUUUUCUACAAACCAGCUUAAUCUUAUUAUUUAUUGGAGUGUUCAGAAAUCAGAAUUAAUGGUAGAUGCUUUGGUUUUCGACAUUUUGUGUGCAAAUAAAGGAUUUAGAGGGAGAAGGUCCAGUUAGAACUUGCAAGCCAUAGCAGUAAAGCUUAGUCAAUAGUCAAGACUAGGCAAAGGUGAAUAUUUUAUUUCGUCUUGUUUUGUUGUAUAUUUGCACCUUAGGAUUUGUCGACUGCUACUUUUAUGAAUGAACAUACCUUUCUCUUCCUCUUCCUCUUCCUCUUCCUCUUCCUACCAUUAUUUCCAGCCCAAUAGCAUGCUUUGUAGUAGAUUUGUGAAAAUUAUGGGUAAAUAAGAUGUUCCUAUAAAUAAGCAUUUUCAUUUAUGAAAUAUUGUAUUCUUCAAUUUUUAUCUCUGCUAGUUCCAGUAUUUUGGUUUUUUUCAAAUCUGAUAUUUAACUGUGGUAUAAGAGCCGGCUUCUUUGUGUUUGGAGGCAAAGAGGUGGAGUGCAAACAUUGGUGAGGUUGAGCAAUUUAUUUUUCAGGUAUUUGGGUGAAAAUGUCUACUUCUAGCAAUUCGUCUAUAAUUCCGGUGUUUAAAGGUAAAACUAUCAACAUUUGGAAUCAUGCAACCAGAAGGCUGGGUUGCUGGCCAAGAACACAAUUUACAGACUACACGAGGAUUUCUAUGAUUUGAAGCUAGUACCAAGGGCCUAGUAUAGCAUAGUUGACUCUUACUUAAUCCAACUUGGAUUCAGGAGUGAGAAUGAAACAACUCUGUAUUUGAAAUAAAAUGAUUGUGGUUUGUAACUUGUAGCGUCACUUUAUGUUGAUGACAUGCUUGUGAUAAGAAGUAAUUUUACUUUUUCUGGCCAGUUGAAAAUGGAAAUGCAAGAUAUAUUUGACUUUGACAUGUCUUAA